UCUCUCUCUCUCUCUCUCUCUCUCUACAUAAACCCUCCCUCGCAUUCUCUCGUCGCUGCUAUUUCUCCGAUAGGGCUCAACCUCCCAAUUCUCUCCGCCGCAUUCUCCACCUCGCCGCCGUCGAUAUGUCUCAGGUCGACAACAGAAAUUCAUCUGCAGCCAAGCGUGCUAGAACCGAUGGGAGUAGGAGGGAGGAUGACUGGACCUGCCCCGCGUGUGGGAAUGUGAACUUCUCGUUUCGAACAACUUGCAAUAUGCGUAAUUGCACUCAGCCGAGGCCGGCUGAUCAUAACUCGAAACCGGCAGCUAAGCCUUUCCAAGCCCCGCAACCUUACUCUUCCGCGCCUCCUUACGUGGGAUCUGCUGCGCCCUCCUCGAUGUAUCUUAGUGUGCCACCAUAUGGAUCUUCUCUGUUCAACGGAUCAUCCAUUCCUCCCUAUGAUGUUCCGUUUAAUGGGGGGUCAGCAUAUCAUUACAACUACGGAAACCGCAUAUCUACAGGCAGUCCUUACAGACCUCUGCAUUUGCCUGCGCCUGCGCCUUAUUCUAGUGGAUCCCUCAUAGGAAAUGGUGGAUUAUAUAGUAUUCCUCCCAUGAUUGAUCGAGGGUACGGCCUGGGACUUCCCCUUGGCCCUGGUCCUAUGGGGCCAAGGCCAGGAUUCUAUUCCGAUGAUAAAGCUCAAAAGAAGAGUGCAGAUGCCACACGUGAUAAUGACUGGACAUGCCCUAAAUGUGGAAACAUCAACUUUUCAUUUAGAAUUGUUUGCAACAUGAGGAAGUGCAAUACACCAAAGCCUGGAUCUCAGGCUGCAAAGAAUGACAAAAGUGCAAAGCAAAAGAUGCCAGAAGGUAGCUGGAAGUGUGAGAAAUGUAAUAAUAUCAAUUAUCCAUUUCGGACCAAGUGUAACAGACAGAAUUGUGGUGAGGAUAAACCAACUGAAACAAAGGGGUCCUCUUCACCUGCUCCAGAUGAAAAUGAUCAGUGAGUACUAGGACAUAUUUGAGGGUUGAGAAGGUCCAGAGUUGUCAUCCAGCAUUGCUCAGUAUUGGGUGUCUGAAAGUCAGUCUUGUCGUCAUGUUGCAGCGGUUGUCGAGUUACUCUACCUUAUCAUGAUUUGUGUCAAGUUGCUGUAUUAACUGAUGUGGUAUUUGUGGUCUUUGUGGAUUGUACAAUGCAUCAUGUGUCAGCCAGUAUUAUCUGGCAAAGAUUUUACAGGUUGUGGUUCUAGUUUCUAUAAGUUAGACUUUGGAUCAACUCAUCUAUCUAGUGAGUAUGUCACUAGUUGGGCAAAAGGUUUCUGUUGUCUGAUCCUUUAUGGUUCUCAUUUGAUCU